AUGGACCAGAACGGGAUAGACAAUACCAACAUUCCGAUAAAAAUUUUCACUGAUGGUAGCAAGCUUGAGGGUAAGGUGGGCGCAGCACUGUCAAUAUGGACAGGCGAUCGGGAGACGCGGCACCUUAAGCUCAAGCUUGCAGACCACUGCACAGUCUAUCAGGCGGAACUUCUUGCGCUGAGCAGGGCCUCGAAAGUUGCUCUAGAUACAUCAGAUCACAAAAUUGGUAUCUACAGCGAUUCAAGAGCGGCAAUCGAGGCCGUGUGCAGCGCCGGAACCAUUAAUAAGGUUGCCUUACAAACUAAGAAGAACAUCGCGUGUGCAUUGAACCAGAACAGAGAGAUAUUUCUGUUCUGGGUCAAGGCACACGUGGGACUAACAGGGAACGAACGCGCUGACGAGUUGGCCAAAGAAGCUGCAGUUGGACUGAGGGUUAAACCCCAUUAUGACCUGUGUCCGGUCUCACACGCGAAGAGGCUAAUCCGUGAGGAAACUCUUCGUGAGUGGGAUCGAAGGUACCAAGAGGGUACUACUGGAGGUGUCACUAAAAUGUUCGCACAGGAUAUAGGGGCAGCUCACAAGGUCUUUAAGGAGAUUAAACUCAAUAAGGAAAUAACACAGGCACUGACCGGGCACGUACUUCUAAGGAAGUUGAAAACCAUUUAUGUGGAGGCGUUGUAA